CUUACUUGGUGACAAACGCCCGUACCAUCCUUUAGCAAUCAGCCGUGGAUAAGUAUAUACAGAGAGGCACACCAUACCUCUCUGAUCCACCUGCAUCUCACCCCAUUUCCCCGAUUGAUCGCCGGGAUUCGAUACCAUUUUGCCGGAAUUAUUACUCAUUCUCCUUUUCAGAAAAUGGGUCAGCUCCAAAACCCGUGAAGAAAAAACAUGGGUGUUGACGAGGGGUUUAGUAAAGGAAAACAGAGACAAAGCUCGCCGGGAUCUUCCGACGGGAAGUUCACCCUCCGGCGGACCAUUGAACUCAUAUAUUCUUUGAUCUCUUUUUCUCAUUCAAUCAAAGUUUUUUCAGGGAAAUGGCAAUUGAUUCGAAACAAGCUGGAGGAGCUCAACUCCGGCCUUGUCGCCGCCGAGAACUGCGAUUCCGGAGACAUCCCGCCAAUCUCCGACCUAAUUCCGGCAAUAAUGACGACGAUUGACGAUUGUCGCGAUCUCGCUCGGCGAUGCGUGGACUUGUCUUACAGUGGCAAGCUCCUCAUGCAGAGCGAUUUGGACGUUCUCUCCGCCAAAUUUGAUCAUCACAUAAAGAAGCUCUCUGGAAUCUACACGGCCGGGAUCCUCACUCAGUCGAGCGCCAUUGUUGUGUCGAGGCCCUGUUUCGGAGCCACUCGCGAAGACGUGAAAUUCUUCGUGAAGGAUUUGCUGACGAGAAUGAAGAUUGGGGAUUCCUAUAUGAAAAUGCAGGCUCUGGUUUCUCUGAACGAAGUGAUGGCGGAGGACGAGAAGUACACGAAGAUUCUGGUGGGGAUUGAGGAAAGCAUUAAUCUGUUGAUCAAUUAUCUCGAUUCGCCUGAAACAGAGAUACAAGAACAGGCGGUAAAAGCGCUUUCGGUGAUUGUUGGUUUCGAUUCGUGCAAAGGGGUUUUAAUCAGUUCCGGGAUUAUUGCACCGCUGGUUCGGAUUUUGGAAUCCGGAAGCCAAAUGGGUAAAGAAAGAGCCGCAAGGAUUCUGCAGAAAUUAACACAGAAUUCAGACAACUCUUGGUCUGUUUCGGCUCACGGCGGGGUCACAGCUCUUCUAAGAAUAUGCUCCAAUGGCGGUGCCGGAGGAGAUUUGAUGGGUUUAGCUUGUGAUGUUCUGAGAAAUCUCGCAGGUGUGGACGAGAUAAAGAAAUUCAUGGUUGAAGAAGGCUGUGUCUCGACGUUCAUCAAGCUUUCCCGCUCCAAAGAUGAAGCUCUGCAGAUAAACUCCAUAGACAUCCUUCAAGCUAUGGCUUCCGGCAACGAAUCCAUUCUGCAAUUGAUCAUUAAAGAAGGGGGAAUUCGUGCCCUGGUUAAGAUAUUGGAUCCCAAAUCAGAAUUUUCAUUUAAAACCAGAGAGACGGCAUUGAGGGCGAUCGAGAGCUUGUGCUUCCGCUCCACAGCCAACAUACACAUUCUGAUGGCUUAUGGGUUUCUGGAUCAUCUCCUUCUCCUUCUCCGGAAGGGGGAGAAUUCAAUUCAAGAACUGGCAUUGAAGGUUUCGGUUCGGUUGUGCAGUGUGUCGGAGGAGACCAAGAAAACAAUGGGCGACACCGGAUUCAUGCCGGAGAUAGUCAGAAUGCUCACCGCCAAGUCCUCUGAAGUUCAGGAAAUGGCGGCACAGGCCCUGUCUGGUAUGGUUUUGGUGUCGAAAAAUCGGAAAAAAUUUGUGCAGGAAGAUCGUAAUGUUGAGCUGCUUCUGCAACUGCUUCAGCCAGAGGAGAGGAAUUCAGGCAACACCAAGUUCCUGCUCUCUACGUUAUCGUCGCUGAGCAGCUCCAAUGGCGGAAGAAAGAAGAUUUUGAAUUCUAGGUAUUUAAAGAACCUGGAAAAACUUGCAGAGGCCGACGUUACAGAGGCAAAGAAAAUUGUGCGGAAGUUAUCAACAAACACAUUUCUCAGUAUAUUCAGUGGACUCUGGUACCCUUCAUCAAACUCUUUACUACUAUACAUGUAAGCAAGUUUUCAAACUUGUUUCUCGUCUAAAUCGUAAAAAUAUUUUCACUUCCUUAUUUGUUUUUAAAAAACUUUAGGAGAGGUUUUAUGCCUAAUUUGUAACAAGUGCUAAUGAUCUCUAAUGUUAUUGUCACUUGGUUUCUCUUAAAUUCUAUGUGGCAAAUAAAGAGAAGAGAUCCCUACGGCAAUUUUUUUAGGCAAAAUUUCUAUUAUUCUUUUACUUUUUUUUUGAUUGAUCAUUUAGAUACCUUCAUCAAUUGGAUCACCAAGCAUGUUAUGUGCUCAAUACCUCUUUAAUUAAGGGCUUAGAAGUUAAGGGUUUUGCCUCCCUCUUCCCCUUAUUUAUGUUUGUUACAUAUGAAAAGAAUGUAAUCAGGUAAAAUGAUAUUAAAUUUAUCAUCUGAUUUUGUCA